AUGUCACACCAUCCUGAAAAGCCGUGGGACCAGGAAGCCUCCGCCGAUGCAAACGGGCCAACACCAGAAGACGCAUCCACAGAACUCGCUUUUCCAGAUGGCGGAUAUAAAGCCUGGCUUACCGUGGCGGGUGGGUUUCUGGCACAAAUCUCCAGCAUCGGGUUUUUGAGCGCGUUCUCUGUGUUCCAGAGCUACUAUGGCGAGAUCAUGCCUUCCCAGACUGCCAGCAAUAUCUCGUGGAUUGGUAGCCUCCAAAUUUUUGGUUGCUUCUUCCUCGGGUUGUGGUCGGGGAGAUUAUCCGACAAGCGUGGACCCAAGUUGCCCCUCGCCUUGGGGACAUUCUUCAUGGUAUUUGGGACGAUGAUGGCGUCGAUUUCAAAAUCCUACUACCAAUUCGUUCUCUCGCAAGGGCUCUGCUCCGCCAUUGGUUUUGGACUGGUAUUUACUCCCGCGCUGGCAGUUCAAUCUCAAUGGUUCCAGAGAAAACGGGGUUUUGUUGUUGGCUUGGUUAUGUCGGGCCAAAAUAUUGGAGGCGUCAUCUGGCCAGUCAUCGUUGAUCAACUCAUUAACAACAGACAAUUGUCGCUUGGCUGGACGCUGCGGACGAUUGGGUUCUUACAGUUAUUCCUUAUGGUGAUGGCCACCCUUCUAGUCAGCCCACGCUUCCCUCGGAUUCCCCGAGAACCGAUUCCCGUGAAGCAAUUCCUGGCUGAUAAAAGAACCACCCUGUUUACCUUAUCCACAUUGAUCUUUUUCUUCGCAGUCUACAUUCCUUAUUUCUACAUAUCCCCCUAUGCCUUACAAGGCGGUGCUUCUCUGAACAUGGCAUUUUACCUCUCGUCCAUUUUGAACGCCGGCGCCUUCUUUGGUUGUUAUGUUUUUGGCAUUGGCGCCGAUCGCGGCCUUGGUGCUUUCAAUGCACUUACAGUGGUCGCCUUCGGCUGCGCUGUGACGGCCUUUGGCUGGAUUGGCAGACAAAAUAACGCAGGUCUCAUCGUGUGGACUGUCAUUUACGGAUUCCUGUCUGGUGCCGUUCAAGCUCUAUUUUCGCCGUGCAUCUCCCACUUGGCGCCAGAGCCGGGAUUGAUCGGUACAUGGAAUGGUAUUUGUAUCACUGUGGUCUCUUUUGCUGUUCUUGGGACCGGACCAAUUGCCGGACGGUUGUAUGACAACGCGCUAGGCACCUACCUCUCCAUGCAACUGUUCACUGGGGUGUUCUUGACUGUUGCCAGCGUUUUGUAUUUGGCUACCCGCCUCACAGUUUCCAAAGCAGUCGUUGUGUGA